AAUAAAAAGACAAAAGCUUGUAAAAACGAAAAAACCCCCAAAUAAUGGAGAAGUGUGGAGAGCCAUUGGAUAUUGCAGGUGAAAGAGAGAGAAGAAUGGAGAAUCCCAAUGCUCAGAAGAAAGAGAGAAGACAAAGACAGCACAGUCCACUGUUCACUCUCCCUUCUUUCUCUCUCUUUCUCUGACCAAUUAAACUUUAAAUUACUUAUCUUUCCACUCUCCUUCUCUCUCUAUAUAUUUAUAUAUAUAUUUCUCUAUCUUUCCCUUCUGAGUUUCCCCCCACUCUCCCUCGAUUUCCUCUCUUACCUAAACGCCCAAAAAAGAGAACUUUAAUUUAUAGUAUUUUCAUUUUCUCAUUUCCUUGCAUUUAAGCCAUGUUCCCAUGAUCUAAGAAACCCAAAUCUCAAUCUCAUCAAUCAACAAAACCCAACCCAAAAAGAAAGGAAGGGAAGAUCGCCCUCUAGAUCACAAAGGCCGCGCGUGUGGUACCAACUCGCCUUCUUUUUCUUUUGUUUUCUCUCAUGAGACAUAACGAGGCGGAGCAAAUGUCUGAGGACGAUGGGAGGCAGCAAUCUCCGCCGUCAGAUCUUGAGUUCACUUCCAAUAAGGCACGAAACUGUAUCGCUACCGGGUCUGGGUCGGGUCACCCGGAGUUACAGUCUCAGUACCCGGACCAGGUUCUGGAGAACGUGUUGGAAAACGUGCUCCACUUCCUGAUAUCGAGGCAGGAUCGAAACGCCGCCUCAUUGGUGUGCAAGGCUUGGUACCGAGUUGAGGCACUGACGCGAUCCGAGCUGUUCAUAGGGAACUGCUAUUCGGUGGCGCCGGGUCGGGCCACCGCCAGGUUCACCAGGGUGAGGGCUCUUCACCUGAAAGGGAAGCCCAGGUUCGCGGAUUUUAACCUGAUGCCGCUCAAUUGGGGGGCCCACUUCAAUCCUUGGGUGCUGGCGAUGGCCAAGGCUUACCCUUGGCUGGAGAAAGUUUACCUGAAGCGCAUGUUCGUGACGGAUUAUGAUCUGGGAACGCUGGCCGAGUCGUUUUCAGGGUUUAAGGAGCUCGUUCUCGUUUGCUGUGAUGGGUUUGGAACUAGUGGUCUGUCUAUUUUUGUUACCAAGUGCAGACAGCUUAGGGUGCUUGAUCUGAUCGAGUCUGAGGUUACAGAUGAUGAGACAGAUUGGAUAUCCAGUUUUCCUGAUGGUGAAUCGCAUCUUGAGUCAUUGAUAUUUGAUUGUGUAGAAUGCCCAAUAAAUUUUGACGCAUUGGAAAGGCUGGUGGCUAGAUCUCCUUCACUUAAGAAGCUGAGGCUGAAUCGAUAUGUUUCAAUUGGGCAGCUAUAUCGCCUGUUGACUCGAGCUCCACAGCUCACACACCUUGGGACUGGGUCGUUUAGCCCAUCUGAGGUUGCAGGGCAAGCUGAUCAGGAACCAGAUUAUGCAACCGCAUUUGCUGCCUGCAGAUCCUUAGUUUGUCUCUCUGGGUUUAGGGAAAUAAUUCCAGAUUACCUGCAUGCAAUUUACCCUGUUUGUGCAAAUCUAACGUCUCUGAAUUUCAGCUAUGCCAACAUCACCGCAGAACAGCUCAAGCCAAUUAUAAGCAAUUGUCCCAAGCUCCAGGUUUUCUGGGUCCUUGAUUCAAUAUGUGAUGAAGGACUUCAAGCAGUUGCUGCAACAUGCAAGGAAUUACGCGAGCUUCGGGUUUUUCCUGUUGAUGCUCGGGAGGAUAGUGACGGCCCUGUUUCUGAAGUCGGCCUCCAGGCUAUUUCUGAGGGUUGUCGGAAAUUGCAAUCUAUACUGUAUUUUUGCCAGCGGAUGACUAAUGCAGCUGUUGUAGCAAUGUCUGAGAACUGUCCAGAUCUUGUUGUUUUCCGGCUAUGCAUAAUGGGGCGGCACAGGCCUGAUUCUGUGACUGGAGAACCUAUGGAUGAUGGUUUUGGAGCCAUUGUUAUGAAUUGUAAGAAGCUCACUCGCCUUGCUGUAUCUGGUUUGCUGACAGAUAAAGCUUUUGACUAUAUUGGAAAAUAUGGGAAAUUGGUCCGUACAUUGUCAGUGGCUUUUGCUGGAAAUAGUGACAUGGGAUUGAAAUAUGUGCUCGAGGGCUGUCCGCAAUUGCAGAAGCUUGAGAUUAGAGAUAGUCCAUUUGGAGAUGCAGCUCUGCGUUCUGGUUUGCAUCACUAUUACAACAUGAGGUUCUUAUGGAUGUCCUCAUGUAAACUAACUCACCAAGGUUGCCGGGAGAUUGCUCGUGCUAUGCCUCGCCUGGUGGUUGAAGUGAUUAGAUCUGCUGAUGAGGAGGAGAUGGAUGACCUUGUUCAAACGUUGUACAUGUAUCGGUCUCUUGAAGGGCCUAGACUUGAUGCACCAAAAUUCGUCACCAUCUUGUAGGCAAAUGUGGUGCAAGAAGCUGUUUCAAUUAUUCUCAUUGUGGAUACCAAGCAAGUUUAAACUGUUUCACGGGGAAUUUUGAUAUGGUGGGUAUCUUUUAAAUAACCCACAGCAAGGUCCCUGCUACCCCAGUCAAGCAAAGUUGGGUAUAUAGCUUCUGCUUCAGGCUUGGGCUGUUAUAUUGGCAUUGAAAGCAGAACCCCAGUGAGGGACAACAGUCCAUCUUUACUUUGGUUCUUUUGAAGGACUUUGGAUAAGGGAGACUAGUGUAGAAAAGGAUGUCUGUAUAAGUUAUCGGAUCGUUGGAUGUUCUAGCGGUACGCAUUUAAACUUUACGUUUCAUUUUGUUUUCAUAUUCAUUUUAUCAUAAUCGAAGGUAGCCAGAAGAGAAGGGAGGAGGGGUUAUCGAACUAUAUGGAGGGGCAAUGAUAUAUGUGUUUUUGGGCCAAAUUGCGUUAUCCUUUGAUGAAGAGAUGAGAUGAUUGUUGAAUAAUCGGAGAUUUAGAGAUCAAGAUGGGUGGAUCUCUUUUUCCAUGCUUGCAGCAAAGAAGCAUAGGCAGAAGUAUUUAUCCACUCUCUUAAAGAUGAUUUUCACAUUUGGAUUAAAAUUGUAGUUUUUGAGUUGUAGCUUUAUGAGAGUUAAAAUCCCAGACUUGCACAUCUCUCUCUCUCUCUCUCUCUCCAUGUUUGUUAUUUUCAGAUGUGUUGUGGUAGCACCUGACUGUUGAAUUUAUUAAUGUUAUUGUUAGAAAUGUGAGAAGGGUAAUAAAUGCCAAAUAUGCAUAUGGAUGGACCGUAAACUUUAG